AUGUCUGUACGGAAGAAGAAAUCCAAGCGGCCGUCCCUGCAGGACAGCGACCUCCUCAACCCGGCCGCGGCCACGUCGCGCUCAGUUACGCUCAAGGAAAGGCUGAGCCUCGAACUCAAGAGUCUGUCGCAGCAUGGCCACUCCAAACAGGCAUGCCCAUCCUCCCCGCUUCACUUUUCAACUCAAUUGCAGUGCCACCCUUCUGAUUCCCCAUUCCAUUGCCUGCCGCCGUGCCGCCCACGAUAUUCCGCGCUCAGCCCGCCACGGAGUCCCACGAGCGCGGGACAGCCAUCGCCCAAGACGGGCAGCACGAGCGGCAGCAGCCUGAAGCGGGGCAGCAGCUUGGCCACCGUGGUGGUCGAAGGCGGCGAGCGCAAGGUGACCAACCCGCUGUUCCAGUUCGCCGACCUCAUCCAGACCACCCAAAACCGCAACAAGGUGUGGCGCAACCUGUCCCCCGCGGGCCUAGACCCUUCCGCUGAAGAUGUGCUGGCGCGCCGCCCGAGGGGCGUUGCUGCGGUCUCGCCCGCGCCCACAUCGUCGCUGGCGCCUCCCUCCUCGUCUUCUCUCUCAUCGCCUCGCUCCCCGCGGUCAGCCUCUACACCGUCUCCCCGGCUGUUCAAAACGCCCUCAACAACACCAACCCCAACUACCACGCUCACCAGCGACAGCAGCAGCAGCAGCAGCAGCAACAGCAGCAACAACAACAACUACGACGUGCCCAAGGCGAAGACGCCGCGCAGCCCACACGGAUCCACCAAGAGCAACAGCACCAGCCUCCCACGUAGCGUGUCAAGCAUCACCCCGAGCCCGUUCCCGGAUUCGGUGCGGGCCCUCGGCCCCUAUUCGAUGUCGAUGAGCGACACCAACACACCCACGCGGGUGCGGGCCUGCGACGCGUCGACGAUCAACACCGGGACCGGGACCGGGUCCCAGCCGGUCCUGCUCCGCUCGCGCCCGCGAGAGCGGAAGGGCGGCAUCCGCCGAUUUUCGUCGUCGGGCAGCGUCAUCUCCAACAGCCACGCCGCCGCCGCAGCCGCCAACUUCAUCCCACCGCGGAAACGAACACACCCCCAAGUGGCGCGAGGGGCACGAAAUCUGUCGGAGGACGAGUUGCCUCGGGCAACAGCGGCGCUGCGCAAGAUCCGCAGUGACAGCUGCGUGGUGCGGCCCAUGGCCAGCGACGAGGAAGACGAGGAAGACGACGGCGCCCACGACGCCCGGGCGCGGCGUGCAUCGGAUGCCUUCAUGACGCUGGCCCACGGCAGCAGCUCCGCGGGGGCGCCCUCUGCGCCGCUCACCCCCGGAUCUUCCGAGUUGAGGGCCUCGGCCGCGCAAGACACCAGCGGCUCGAUGUCGUCGUCGACCGAAGACGAGGCCAUCUCUUCGCCACGCCACACCCCUUACUCCGAGCAACUCAUGUGGGAGAGGCGCGAUGGCCGCCAGAUCAUCGUGUCGGGCACGCUGGAGCGACUGGUCGCACAGCUGAUCGAGUCUAACCAAUCGGAGAAGCUCGCUGUGCUCACGGGCUACACGGGUCCCGACUACGUCUACACCUUCCUCCUCUCCCACACCUACUUCACCACUUCCACCAUCUUCCUCGAGAAGCUCCAGGAGCACUACUUUGCCUCCCCGCCCCCGGGCCUCGGCCCCGGCGAGCUCAAGGUGAUCGAGAGCAAGCAACUCGGCACACAGACACGAAUUGUGAAUACGCUCAAGAGGUGGAUCGACAACCACCACUAUUUCUUUGAGCAGGACCCGCAGCUGAUGAAGGCCUUUUGA